AUGCUCCAGUAUCCACCUCAAACUUUGAAUGCUCUGCACAAUCAUCCUCGUGGAUCUGAGCUUCUUUAUAUCGUUCAAGGUGUGCUCGAUGUUGGUCUGAUCAACUCCACCAACAAGCUGUUUUCGCAGGCGCUGCACGAAGGCGACCUGUUCGUCUUUCGGAAGGGUUUGGUCCACUUCCAGACCAACCGGGACAUGCAACAGACCAUGAAAGCUGUGCCAGGAUUCAGCACCUCAAACCCUGGCCUCAUUUUGCUGCCUCCAACGUUGUCUGAUUCGAAAUAUCCGGACGUAGUGAUGGAUAAAUCGUUCGGAGUAUCUACUGAUACCGUCAAGAAUUUGAAGGGAUUGUAG